AUGUCCUGUGAAGACGAACAUCAUAAUCAUGAUCAUGAUCAUAACCAUAAUCACGAUCAUGUUGCCCCUAUUCCUACAACACCUGGACAAACGUUGAAUCGUAAGAUUGAUACAUCCAAAGUGACCGCCCUCAACAUGGCCAAUCCUGCUGAUGAUCUAGCAAAGCUUUUCAAAGAUUCGACAACCAAAUACGAAAUCAAGCCAAUAAUUAAAUCAGAUAGCGACGAACAAAUGAUUAUCAACAUUCCAUUUCUUAACGGCAGUGUCAAAUUAUACUCGAUAAUCCUACGUACCAAUGGUGAUUUGUAUUGUCCCAAAACAAUCAAGUUAUUCAAAAAUGACACAUCAAUUGAUUUUGAUAAUGUGAAUAUGAAAAAGCCAAUACAGAUCUUAACCCAUCCUCAAAUUGGAGUUGCUAAUAAUGAUAGUAAUGAUCUUCCAGAGUUUUUGGAAUCAAAUAACGAUGAUGAUUUUGUUGAACAUUAUGUUUCUCGACAUAAAUUCACUGGAGUUAAUCAAUUGACGUUAUUUAUUGAAGAUAUCUAUGAUGAAGGAGAGGAAGAGUGUCAUUUACAUUCAAUUGAAUUGAGAGGAGAAUUCACUGAAUUGAACAAAGAUCCCGUCAUUACUUUGUAUGAACUGGCUGCUAAUCCAGCCGAUCAUAAGAAUUUAACCGUUGUUGAAAAUCAAAAUUUAGCAUAA